AUGGGGACUGAAAACUAUACAACUGUGACAGAGUUCAUUAUUCUGCGGUUAAGAGAGGAUACUACAAUUUGUGUCAUUUUAUUUAUUGUGUUUUCAGGAAUCUAUGUUGUCACCUUAAUGGGCAAUGUCAGCAUAAUCAUGAUAAUCAGAAGCAGCCCACAACUUCAUGCCCCAAUGUAUCUUUUCCUCUGCCAUUUGGCCUUCGUAGACAUUGGUUACUCCUCAUCAGUCACACCUGUGAUGCUCAUGGACUUCCUCACGGAAGAAACCUCUAUCCAUGUUGCUGGUUGUGUAGCCCAACUCUGUUCUACAGUCACAUUUGAGAUAGCUGAGUGCUUCCUGCUGGCUGUCAUGGGCUAUGACCGCUAUGUGGCCAUCUGCUCCCCACUGCUCUGCUCCACCCACGUGUCCCCCAGAAUCUGUACUCUCUUAGUGGGGAUGUGCUACCUAGGUGGAUUUGUGAAUGCUUGGACAUUUACUGGCUGUUUAUUAAGUCUAUCCUUCUGUGGACCAAAUAAAAUCAAUCACGUUUUCUGUGACUAUUCACCACUUCGGAAGCUUUCCUAUUCUCAUGACUUUACUUCUGAAAUAAUUCCAGCCAUCUCUUCCAGCUCCAUCAUUGUGGCCACUGUGUUUAUCAUUGUUCUGUCUUAUGUCGAUAUCCUUUUAUCAAUCCUAAAGAUCUACUCCACCAACAGGCACCACCAAGCCUUCUCCACCUGCACCUCCCACCUCACAGUGGUCACUCUGUUCUAUGGGACCACUGCAUUCAUUUCUGUGAUGCCCAAGUCAAGCUACUCAGCUGAACAAAACAAAGUGGUGUUUGUGUUCCACAUGGUGGUGAUCCCAAUGUUGAACCCCCUUAUCUACAGUCUGAGGAUCAAGGAAGUUAAAGAGCCUAUGAGAAAAUUGAUAGAACAUAUUGGUGGUCCUAAACUACAUUAUCUCAUGGAUUCCCUGUGGGAUGGAAACCACACGGCAGUGACAGGCUUCAUUCUACUGGGCUUAACUGAUGACCCCAUCCUUAAAGUCAUCCUCUUCAUGAUCAUCCUGUGUAUCUACCUGGUGACCAUAUCUGGUAACCUCAGCACAAUCAUUCUUAUUAGAAUCUCUUCUCAGCUCCAUCAUCCAAUGUAUUUUUUUCUGAGCCACUUGGCUUUUGCUGACAUAUGCUUUUCAACUUCUGUCACACCCAAUAUGCUUGUUAAUUUCCUGGUGGAGAGAAAUUCCAUCUCCUAUCAUGGAUGCUGCACACAGCUUAGUUCAACUGCUGUCUUUGGGGCAGUCGAAUGCUUCCUUCUGGCUAUCAUGGCAUAUGACCGCUUUGUGGCAAUAUACAAACCACUGCUUUAUUCAACCAAAAUGUCCACACAAGUCUGUGUUCAGUUCCUCGUAGUGGCUUACGUGGGUAGUUUUCUCAAUGCGUCCUCCUUUGCUAUUUGCUACUAUUUUUUAUUCUUCUGUGGACCAAAUCGAGUCAAUCAUUUUUUCUGUGAUUUUGCUCCUCUGGUUGAACUCUCCUGUUCUGAGAACAGUAUCCCUGUAGUUGUCCCCUCAUUUACAGCUGGCUCCAUCAUUUUGUUCACUGUGCUUGUCAUAGUUGUUUCCUACAUGUACAUUUUUGUAACCAUCCUGAAGAUGCGCUCCAAUGAGGGGCGCCACAAGGCCUUCUCCACUUGCACCGCCCACCUCACAGCAGUAAGUCUGUACUUUGGGACCGUCACAUUCAUCUAUGUGAUGCCCAAGUCCAGCUACUCAACGGAUCAGAACAAAGUGGUGUCCGUGUUCUAUAUGGUGGUGAUCCCCAUGCUGAACCCCAUCAUCUACAGCCUCAGAAACAGUGAGAUUAAGGGAGCUCUAAAGAGAAUGCUUGGUAGAAAAAUAUUUUCUCACUGA